AUGCUGAUGGGCCCCCCGAGCGCCGAGACGAUCUCCUUCGAAGCCGCUCUCGCUGCGUUCGGCGCGCUCUUCGCGGCGUGCCUCGUGGAGCGCCCCAGGGGCGGCACGGCCCGGCAGGACCUCAUGGUGGUCAAGGACUCUCCGGUGCACGGGCGCGGCGUCUUCGCGUCGCAGGUCAUUCCCGCCGGGACCGUCCUCGGCAUCUACCCGGGACGCGUCCGCACGCCCAACGCCAUGCUCGAGAAGGCGCAGGCGGCGCCGCAGAGCAAGAGCUACGCCUGGAGCCUCGAGAUCCCCGCGAAGGAGCCGGGCGCGCCCGCGGGGCAGCUCUUCCUGGACCCUACGGGCGCCGAUGGGCACCCGGACAGGUUCCCGACGCCGGGGCUGCCGUGGCUGCCGAUCGACGUGACGCUCGCGUACAUCAACGAGCCGCCGGGCGGCCUCGUGGGCCCCACGGCGGGCUGCAACAUCCACGUGGAGGAGAACCCCGACACGCUCGAGGUCACGUUCGAGGCGAUGCGGGACAUCAUGCCGGGCGAGGAGCUGUACAUCGACUACGGGCCGCAGUACGACCGGUCCGAGUACGACAGUGUGGCGCUGGAGGAGGACGCCAUGGAGCACGAGAAGGCGAUGGCCGAGCACGACAGGCGCGUGGGCGUGAACGGCGCAGGUGGGCGCCUGCAGGGCGCGGUGGUCCGUCGCUGA